AUGCCCCACACAUCCCAUACCUCCCGCCCAAAACGACAAACCCAAAAACGAACCCAAGUGACCGACGACGACGGCUGGACCCAUGUCGCAAGCGGCGGCAACGUGCGGCGCGUAAUGCGCACACGUCCGCGAGUCACAACUGCAAUCAAGGAAUCAGACUCCGGGAUAUCCUCUGACCAGCCCGCAGAACCCACCCUGACCCCCGCGGAGGCACCGGGUCGACUCACGCUGUCCGAGCUGCAGGCGCAGUUCCGAACUCAUCGUGAGAGGUGGGAGGGUUCGGAGAGCUGGACUAAGUUGACGGGCGUUUUGGAUGAACGGCUGAGAAGGACACAGGAACAAGCUUCUUCUGAUGCUGCUGCUGAUGCAGAUGCUUCUUCGGCCCCGGCCCGCUGCCCCGUCGACGCCAUUGUCUGUAUCGGGCUUGGGAGCCCGAGUGGGUUCUUGCGUGAUGGAUGGGUUGAUCGGCGCUCUGUGUCGCUUUAUCAGCUUGCUGCACUAGCGAGUAUAAAGGAUCAAGUUGCUUGUACAACUUCCUCCCAUCUCAAAGUCUACGCCCAAGACCCUGUCUUCAACACACUAGACGAAUCCCUCCUCUCAGCCAUGAAUAUAACAGUCAUCAAACACCCAGAGGCCUUUACGCACAUCACAGCAAACACAAUGCUCUUCUGUCCCGGCGCAGAACGCAAACACCUCGAAUUAUUGCUGCCGUCGAAGCCGUGGCUGUUGUUCGGUGGUCCGCUUGAGCAUGCGGACUCUGGUGGUGUACUGCAAGGUUAUGUGGAUGGGGCUGGGUCGUAUUGUUUGCCGGUGUUUGAGGCACUUGAGCAUGCCUUUUGGAGUAUGAGACUCUAUUGGGUUGAGCAGGUCGUGGGUGCAGAGUGA